AGCGGCUCAGCGAGCAGAAGCGACCUCCCCAGGGCGCGCGGCUCUAGUGGUGACUGAGUCUGACUUGGAAACCAGCAGAAGAGGGAAAAACCUGUCAACAGGUCCCUCAGCUGCCAGCCUGCCAGACAUCUGGAACGAAGCAGAGCAUCAGCGGACGCCGAGCCUGAGGCUGGGCUGUGGAGGGCUCAUGGCUGGCAGAGGGCUGAAUCUGCACCCAGGGCUGAGUCUGCUGUGUGUGCUGCUCAUGGCGGAGACAGGGUCUGGGGCCAGGGGCCCCGCCGCAGCGGUCCACAGUCAUCCACAGUUUGCAGCCUCAGAUGUGAGCCAGAUCCCGAUGGCAGAGGACAUGAGGACGCGCCGAUUUCUCCACGCCUUUGCCAGCGGGAGACAGGGCACAAGAGAGGGGUCCGGCAGCCCAGAGUGUGUUGCUGUGUGUGGCCUGAACGCCUCCGAGCGCUGUCACUUUGUGCGGACCACUCCCGACUGCCACAGCCAAGGGGGCUACCUGGACUACCUCGAAGGCAUCUUCUGUCACUUCCCGCCCAGCCUCUUCCUUCUGGCCAUCGCCCUCUACGUCUUCUGGCUGCUUUACCUGUUCCUGAUUCUGGGCGUCACUGCGGCGAAGUUCUUCUGCCCAAACUUGUCAGCCAUCUCCACCACGCUCAAGCUCUCCCACAACGUAGCUGGCGUCACCUUCCUGGCAUUCGGGAACGGGGCCCCUGAUGUCUUCAGUGCGCUGGUGGCUUUCUCGGACCCUCGCACAGCUGGCCUGGCCUUGGGAGCACUGUUCGGUGCAGGCGUGCUGGUCACCACCGUGGUGGCAGGGGGCAUCGCCAUCCUGCACCCCUUCACGGCCGCCUCGAGGCCCUUCCUCAGAGACAUCGUCUUCUACAUGGUGGCCGUGUUCCUAACCUUCACUGCACUCUACCGCCGCAGGGUCACGCUGGCCUGGGCCCUGGGUUACCUGGGCCUGUACGUGUUCUACGUGGCCACUGUGGUUCUCUGCACCUGGAUCUACCGAAGGCAGCGGAGGACAUCCCUGGUCUACUCCACGCCGGGCACUCCAGAGAUGCUUUCGGAUUCCGAGGAGGAAAGGGUGUCUUCUAACACCAACAGCUGUGACUACGGCGAAGAGUACCGGCCUCUGUUCCUCUACCAGGAGACCACAGCCCAGAUUCUGGUCCGGUCCCUCAACCCCCUGGAUUACAGGAAGUGGAGGAACAAAUCGGCAUACUGGAGGACCCUCAAGGUGUUCAAGCUGCCGGUGGAGUUCCUGCUGCUCCUCACGGUCCCCGUCGUGGACCCCGACAAGGAAGACAGGAACUGGAAACGGCCCCUCAACUGCCUGCACCUGGCCAUCAGCCCCCUGGUCCUGGUCCUGACCCUGCAGUCGGGAGCCUAUGGUGUCUAUGAGAUAGGGGGCCUCUUUCCUGUCUGGGCCGUGGUGGUGAUCUCGGGCACAGCCUUGGCCACAGUGACCUUUUUUGCCACAUCCAACAGCGAACCCCCCAGGCUUCACUGGCUCUUUGCGUUCCUGGGCUUCCUGACCAGCGCCCUGUGGAUCAACGCAGCUGCCACUGAGGUGGUGAACAUCCUUCGCUCCCUGGGUGUCGUCUCUCGGCUGAGCAACACCGUCCUGGGGCUCACGUUGCUGGCCUGGGGGAACAGCAUCGGAGAUGCCUUCUCGGACUUCACGCUGGCCCGCCAGGGUUACCCUCGGAUGGCGUUCUCAGCCUGUUUCGGAGGCAUCAUCUUCAACAUCCUGGUGGGCGUGGGGCUGGGCUGCCUGCUCCAGAUCUCCAGGGGCCACAUGGAGGUCAAGCUGGAGCCCGAGGGACUGCUGGUGUGGAUCUUGGCCGGCGCGCUGGGCCUCAGCCUGGUCUGCUCGCUGGUCUCGGUGCCGCUGCAGUGCUUUCAGCUCAACAGAGUCUACGGCUGCUGCCUGCUGCUCUUCUACCUGAGCUUCCUGGUCGUGGCCCUGCUCACCGAGUUUCAAGUGAUUCACUUGCAAAGUGAAUGAGGGAAGAAGCCGUGUUCGGGUCCACCUGGCGGUCAGAAGGUGCCACUGCAGGCGGCCAGAGGGACCGUGGAGGGGGGGGGCUUCCUGGAGCCCCGGGGCCACGCAGCACUGGCCAGCGCCUCUGGGCGGGGCAGCCGGGGGUGUCAGAGGACCCGCCACUGCCGUGGUCGGGA